ACAACGCAAAUUACCAUUGCAGUGAGAACGUGUGUGUGUUGUGCUCUUGUUUUUAUAUACUACUGGCCUCAUUGUUAUAUCCUAUUAGGUUUAAAUAGGCCUAUACCAGUUAUCUUUUCCCUUUAACCACACGGCUGGAUUGUUUGUAAACGAACGUCCGCGUCUAUGUGGGCCCUGAAAAGGAGGGCAGUCGACGCGGGAUCGAUAUCAUCGAUCCGAGCUACGCACACACGUAACAGCUACGGGCCUCCUGUCCCCAUCUUUGCAUAUAUAUACAUGUCCUUCAACAGUGAUCGUUAGUUAUGUGUUUAGUUUUUGGACGCAAUUCGGAUGCGAUAGAAAAUAUCAGACGAGUGUGUGGCUGGCUCGCUAGCGGCUGUUUCAAAAGUCCCCCCGGCUCCACAAGUGGCUAAACUGUCGAGUGCAUCCUUUGUCAUCAAUAAAGCACGCGGGGGGAAAAAGGGUCUCAGAAUUUGAUUCCGAAAAAAGAAAAAAGAAAAGGAGGAGAAAUGAAUCGUUUAGCCAACGAGUCGGAGAUGAAAUGGAUGCCGUUGCUUUACGGCGUAACGGCUGGACUGUCAACUUUGGUCGUCGUCUUUAUGCUUGUCUGGACUUUUCAUUUUCGCGGAGGUUUCGCCUGGCAGGAUUUUCCAGCCAUCCAAUUCAAUUGGCAUCCGGUGCUCAUGGUGGUCUCUCUCAUCGUCCUCUACGGCCACGGCAUUUUGGUGUAUCGUCUGCUGCGUAACGAGCCGAAAAAGAAGCUGAAACUACUUCACGCCAUCAUGAUGAUAACGGCCCUUUUGCUGGCCUCGGUGGGGCUGAAAGCCGUUUUCGAUUCGCACAAUCUGGCCGAACCGCCCAUCGACAAUUUGUACACGCUGCACAGCUGGGUCGGUCUAGCAGCCGUCAUCUGUUUCGCACUGCAGUGGCUCUUUGGAUUCGUCGCUUUCUUGUUUCCGGGCGUCCGCCAUUCGCUCCGCUCUUCCUACAUGCCAUUGCACGUCUUCGGCGGACUCAUGAUCUUCGGCCUGGCCACAACUGCCGCUCUUAUGGGCCUCUUGGAAAAGGCCAUUUUCUCCAGAGUGUCGUACGCUCCGUUGACUGCUGAAGGAAUCCUCAUCAAUUCGACUGGAAUUGCCAUAGCCUCUUUGUCGCUUUUGAUCGUUUACAUCGCCACACGGUGGCAGUACAAGCGACAACCACUGCCAGAGGAUGAAUUGCUUCUUGCCGACCAAUUGGCUGAAUGAAAUUUAUUGGUAACCCUUACCACAAAACAAAAUUAUG